AUACCAACUUCAAAUGUCUGGCUUUAAGGUUGUUUAUGCCUGCCGCUUUUGUGGCAAUAUUAUCAGCUACAAAUCCUGCAAAGUGAAUGAGACGCCCUAUGAUAUUCUCUUGACCAGGACCUUUAACCUGAUACAAAACGACAAGAUCCGAGUGACGAAUGGGGAGAUGUUCCAGAAUCUCCAUUGCUCCCAGUGUCGCAUGGAAUUGGGUCUCCUCUGCCUGAAGAGUGAAAAGAAUGCCCGACUGAAGGGACUUUCGCUGCUCGAGAAGGUUCAUCUGGUGGUGUUCGACUCCUAUGAGGUGCCAUUCGAAAUGCCUACAGAGCAUGAUGACUGAUGGAGCGUGUAAAAAUAAAGUUCCGCAGGAACAAUUAACAAUUUAAGUGACUUGGUUGCCAUGUCUGCAGUUGACACGUGGUCCCUUAAACGUCUUUGAUGGGCACAUAUGUCUGUGUAUUAUAUAUAUUUGACUUUCACACGGGCUUGUCACUUGGGAAUGUUUUGGCAAGCGUUAAAAUUAUUUGCUCGACUUGCGACAGUCGGAGCAUUAAUCAAAAUCAAUCCAAGCAUUCCUUGGCCCAAAAUCGUGCCCAGACGUCCUUGUACCUCACACAGUUUCAAACAAAAGUCUGUGCCAGGCACGUAGAAAAAAUCCAAAAUAAUUUGCACUCGGUGAUGUGACAGUUGGGCGCCAGUUUGCAAAGGCACAUCCUUCCCCUCAACGGAAAUUAAAACGCUCCUCCUUUCAGCUGUCUUACAUACCUCUCGGUGGCUCAAAAAGGCAAAAAAGCAAAAAGGCAAAGAGGCAAAGGCAUUUUAAUGAUUUUAAUUAACUGCAUGUUUGCCUGUAAUUACAACGGCAACAAUGCAAUUACGGCACAUGUACGGCACUGGGUGGCCAUAAACAACG